GCGUAAUGUCAAUGUUAGUUGUUAGUAGUUUUUUUAGUUUUUAAAGUGUUUUUAUAGGUUUAAUUAGUGUAAGAAGUAUAAAGGAUCACUUGAUAAAGAUUGCGUAUCCGUUACGUGAUGCCACCACCUCCUCCGACUGCACAUCUGACUCUUCGAGAAGAAGAUGUUGUCCGAUUGGCACUCGAGUUCCUGCACAAUCGGGAUCUGCACAUUGCACAAUUGGCUCUGGAGAGAGAAACUGGAGUUAUAAAUGGUAAUUUUAGCGAUGAUGUCCUAUUUCUCAGACAGCUCAUCCUUGAUGGACAGUGGGAUGAUGUAUUGGAAUUUAUACAGCCGUUGGAAGCCCUACCUGAAUUUGAUUCGAGACGAUUCAGUUACAUAGUUUUAAGACAUAAAUAUGUUGAACUGCUUUGUAUUAAAUCAGAAGCUGCACAGGUUAGCAAUGUUGACAGUGCAGUGGACGAAGUAGUUCGAGUCCUAAGUGAUUUAGAAAAAUAUGCCCCCAGCAAAGACGAAUACUCAAACCUAUGUCUAUUACUAACUCUUCCUCGAUUGACAGACCAUUUAGAAUACAGAGAUUGGAACCCAAGCAAUGCAAGAGUUAGAUGUUUCAGGGAAGUUUAUCCCUUAGUUGAGAAAUUUUUAUCAAGUGCUACCACAACUAAUGGUGCCUUGAAUGGACAGGAUAAAUUUGGGGGCCAACAAGAGGCUAAAAAUGAUAGGCUGAUACAGUUGAUUAUUAAAGGAGUGCUUUAUGAGUCGUGUGUUAAUUAUUGUCAGGCAAAGGCUACAGGAUCAACAGUUAAAGACACAGGAUCAAAUCCAUCCACAAAUUCGGGUUCCCAAACAAAUUGUGGGUCCACAAUAACACAAGAGAUGAGUUUUUCAAGGCUGCUGGAUGGUUCUUUAGGAUUCUCUGACUCUGAUUUAAGUUUGUUGUCCUGGUUGCAAAGUAUACCAGGAGACACAUUUGCUGUGCCUUUUGAACAAAGGACCUUAAAUGUAGAUGUUGAAAGAUUAGAAAGGCCUGCACUGGAUGCAUCCUGGACUGAACAUAUGCUGGUUGUGCCGAUUAAACCAAGAGCCUUUCCACAUUCUGCAAUGCCUUUUACUAGACCAAGAAGUGCUGCUGAUGCCAUGACCAGAUCAUUGAUGCCUGGUUUGGAUGGUUUAGGCUCCACUGGACAUCCUGAUGGAGCAAACUCAGACUCAACAAAUCCAGGAGGUGUUAUGUCCAGAUCAAGUUUUGCCAGUUUUCAUUUAACCGGUGUUAGGAAUGGUAAACUGAUGUCUUCAAGUGUUGACAGGUUAUUUGAAAAUGCAGGAGAUGGUGAAGUAUUUUUAAGCAGUAGCUAUGCUGAUUUUCAUAACCCUAUGCCAGCCAUACAUGAAGGAGUUGCUAAAUCCAGAUCACCAGAUCUGUCACAGGCAUCAACACCAGAGCACCACCUGCCUCGUCCAAACGCUCCAAACAGUGGCAGAGACACACCACCUUCAACAAACAACUCAACAGCUCGGUCAUCUAGGAGGGACUCCUUAAAUGACUCCAAUAGAACUUACGCAGUACCUCACCAACAUCACACACAGCACAAAGAAGCCCCUCAGCAACAGUACCAUGCAGUGGUCCACAAUUCUGAAAAAAUCUAUGCCAGUCCCCACCAGGAUAAAAACCAAUACCAUUCUAGCCUGGAUCGAAUGGGUGGAGGAGCCAGGAAUGAAAGUCCAAUACAUAAUAGGACUGUCACAUCAUCUCCUGUACUUGGGGGACAGAUGAAGUCAAUGCAGAGCCCAACAAGGGUUCCUGGUGCUUCACCACCAUUAAAUCAUAGACCUGUCCCAAAUCAACAAUCAGCACAAAUCCCUUAUGCCAACUCUGGUUUAGGGAUCAUCACAUCCAACAAUACCCAAGUGCAAUAUCAGCAAGCUAAUGGUGACAAUUCAUCAGCAAGAACUGGUGAACUGUUAAGGGAGUACCAUCAGAAGCAGAAGUUAAGAACCAGUGACACAAAUGGGGGUCCCAAGGAGAUGAUGAUGCAGCAGCACCAGCAGCAGCAGAUAAGGGGGAAGCAGUUUAUUCAGGGAGGAGAUGGGUGA